ACCCUUAUAAGCUCAGACAUCACUCCAUUCGAUCUAUCAGCUACUUCUGUGCUCUGAUCACUAACUAAUCCAAUAUUCAAGACAUUCCCUUUCUCAUUCUUACUCAUAAAUCUAUAAUUCAUUCUCUUCUUAUCAAUAAUUAUAACCAUUAUUUAUAUACAUAUAAUAUAUGGCUUCUUUCAGAUUCAAUAUUUACUCAUUCUUACUAUCUUUCUUUGUGUUUCUGUUAGGAGGAGGAGGGUUAACUCCAAUUUUAUCAACAAUCAUAUCACCGGCGGCCGCCCCAGCUCCAUCGCCGGCCAGACACCACCGCAAAUGGGUGGGACCCUCCGGUCAUCGCCUCAUUACCGUUGAUGUCAACGGCCUCGGUGAUUUCCGGUCUGUACAAGCGGCUGUGGAUAAUGUCCCAGAAAACAACAUGAAGAAUGUACUCAUCCGGAUUAAUGCUGGAUAUUACAUAGAGAAGGUGACGGUGCCGGAGAAAAAACCAUACAUAACGUUUGAAGGAGCCGGUCGGGAAGUGACGGUUAUAGAAUGGCAUGAUAGAGCAUGUGACCGUGGUCCAGACGGCCAACAGCUUCGGACUUAUCAUACUGCUUCUGUCUCUGUUUUUGCUUCUUAUUUCUCUGCUCGAAACAUCACUUUCAAGAAUACAGCUCCGGCACCUUUGCCGGGACUGCAAGGAUGGCAGGCGGCGGCUUUUAGAAUCUCCGGCGACAAAGCAUACUUUUCCGGCUGUGGAUUCUAUGGUGCUCAGGAUACUCUAUUGGAUGAUGCUGGCCGUCAUUAUUUCAAAGAAUGUUACAUUGAAGGAUCAAUUGACUUCAUUUUUGGCAAUGGCCGAUCCAUGUACAAAGAUUGUCAGCUCCAUUCAAUAGCAACCCGAUUUGGAUCUAUUGCAGCCCAAGAUCGGAAUUCUCCUGAUGAGAAGACUGGUUUCUCAUUUCUUCGAUGUAGGGUGACGGGUUCAGGCCCAUUAUAUGUGGGCCGAGCUAUGGGCCAAUACUCUAGAAUUGUUUAUGCUCAUACUUAUUUCGAUAAUAUUGUGGCACAUGGUGGUUGGGAUGAUUGGGACCACAUCAGUAACAAAAACAAGACUGCCUUUUUCGGAGUGUACAAGUGUUAUGGGCCUGGGGCGAAAGCGGUCCGUGGAGUGUCGUGGGCUAGAGAAUUGGACUAUGAAUUGGCCCAUCCAUUUCUUGCUAAGAGCUUUGUCAAUGGAAGGCACUGGAUUGCACCUUUAGAUGCUUAAUACAACAAAUAAUUAAUUCAAUUUCAUUAUUUAUUGUGUAGUCAUUUAUUUGUUUCAUUAAUUCUUUCCUAGAUGUUGAAUUAGGAGUAAAUAGAAAGGAAUGGUGUUUGUGUGACUUGUAAAAAUUACAUUAUCACCUUCUCAAUAGUAAUACAAAUAUUGAAUAAAAUUGUAUUUUUUAGUCUU